GUGGGGAACCCCACCAAGCGCACCCAGUGGUAUCGCGAAGGCGUAGGGUAUUGGCAGGGAGUCGAGGCAUCAGUCGAUGGGGUUUUGGGAGGCUAUGGCCAUGUUAACGACGCCGAUAUCUUGGGCAGUGAAGUCUUUCUCAAAUCCAUUCUGUCCGAGCGUUUUCAUUUCGCUGGAAAAGACCGCCCCCUUGUUGCUCUUGAUUGUGGUUCUGGCAUUGGGAGAGUCACAAAAAAUCUUCUUAUCAGAUAUUUUAACGAGGUUGACCUUCUUGAACCUGUAUCACAUUUCCUAGAGGCUGCCCGUGAAAGCUUGGCUCCAGAAAAUAGUGGUGCCUCCUCUGAUAUGCACAAAGCCACUAACUUCUUUUGUGUGCCUCUACAGGAAUUCACGCCAGCUGCUGGAAGAUAUGAUAUUAUAUGGGUUCAGUGGUGUAUUGGCCAUCUUACAGAUGAGGACUUCAUCUCCUUCUUUAAAAGAGCCAAGGCAGGGCUAAAAGGUGGUGGAAUUUUCAUCCUGAAGGAAAAUAUUGCUAGAUCUGGAUUCAUAUUAGAUAAAGAAGAUCGAAGCAUCACAAGAUCUGAUAUAUACUAUAAGAAUCUAUUCAACCAGUGUGGCCUCUAUCCAUUUAAAUCAAAGGAUCAAAAGGGAUUUCCCGAGGAAUUGUUUCCUGUGAAGAUGUAUGCAUUAACUACAGAGGGGCCCAAGAGGAAUUCUCGCACCAAAAGGGAACAAAGCAAUAGACCUGGCAUUAUCAAGUGAGGAGCGUCACCCCAUUUCUCUCGCUUCUGAAUGACUAUCAGUAGAUACUUUUGUGCUUGGUUACUUUUUGAACCUUAUCAUGUAUGUACAGAUUGCAUCUUUCUGCAGUAUAUCAUGUUCCUAAAUUCUUGUAGGAUGUCAUCUUGUCUUCAACUUCAAGUGGAAAAGUAUGGCCUCUUCGCCUUUGUUUGUGUCUCUGAUUGUUGAAUCCUCUCAGUUUUAAAGAUCUGAACAAAAGAAAAUUAAAAAACCAGGUUCAUUUGGA